GUCACCCACCAGCUGAGAGGGCACUGCCGGGGAGAUUAUGUGAUCAGACUUGUUACUAAUCUGUGGAAGUAACAUUUAGUUUGACUUUUUGAACGGUUUUCGAUGGAAAACAACUCUUUGUCUUCUUCUUCGUCCAAAUUUUGAUUCCCCGCAGCUUCUAUAUCGCCUGAUGAGACACUGUUCGGAUUUAUCAGGUGCAGAGGACUGCAACAGAUGAUGAGAGAAGGGGGUUAAUUUCAGGCUAUCAGGGAGGGGAGUCUGACGUCUCUGCACUGAAAUGGAAUCAUACGGAUCUUCACUCAACCGCACCCAGUCCCUUGCGAGCGGACUGGAGAAGUCCUCACCGAGAUGGAAGCCCUCACAUUCUCGGAGCAGCAGCACCGUGUCAUCCAGACAGGUGAUCAAAGACUGGGAGGUGAUUGACGACCUUCAGGUAGAAACACAGCCAGGAGGGGAGAACCCUUCUGAUAUGACCAUCCCAGGGAUCUGUGAGGGAUAUCUCCUGAAAAGGAGGAAGUGGCCACUGAAAGGUUGGCACAAGCGAUACUUUGUCUUGGAAGCAGGGUACUUGCGUUACUCCAAGAAUCAACAUGAUGUCACCAUUGGAAGAGUCCAGGGCUCUUUAGAUGUUAGUCUGGCAGUCAUGACGGUAAACAAGAAGUCCAAUCGGAUUGACUUGGAUACAGGAGACAUUCUUUACCACUUAAAGGCAAAGAGCCAUGAACUGUUCUACAUUUGGUUUACCAAGCUGCAAGCCCACCGCCUGUACAAGAAGGCGUCUCAUGGUCACAGCGGCAUCCUCCUCACACAUGGAAUUGCGGCUGGACAAGCUCAGAGAAAUGGAGAUUUGAGCUCUACAGAGAUGCUGCCCUCAGCUAACACCGCUGUGAACAGCAAAGUGUCGGCCUGGCUGCAGCACAGUCACAACCCAGACACCUGUGUGCAAGAGCUAAAUCGUUGCCAUGUGGAUAUCUCAGAGAUAAACCGGUUAAUCCAGAAGCUGCAGUUGUUGGAGGCGGGCCAGGCUGUCAAUAACGGAGACCUGAGGCGCAUCAUUAGCACACAGAAUCUGUUGCUUGAGAAGCCAAAAAAGCAGAGGUCAGGGAAGAUUUGGAGCCACUCGCGCACAUUAUCCAGAGUUGAGGCCCUAGGAAAGCCUAUCCGUGGGAUGACUAAAUCGCUGUCCUCCAGUCACCUGAGCAGCUCGCCUCAGCUCGGUGCUUCAGUCCCCUCGAUCCCGGACUACGUCUACUCCCAGCUGACCCCUCCCACUGUCACAUCACCUGAGGGCAAGAAAAUCCACCAGGACAUCUGCACCAUAUCGCUACGAGUGCUUGCAUCUCUGAAGUCAGUGCAUGAAACUCUGUCCCAGGAGAGGCAGAAGCUGCAGGGUAUCUGGGAACCUAACAACCUCCACCAGUCUAACACAUUAGCAGAGCCUGCAGAGGCGUCGCACCUAUCCCACCGGCCUCCCUCAGUGGCAGAUUCGGCUGCAGAGUAUUUUGAUGCCAAUGCUGACGUGAUUUGUGACGGCUCCUCUGAGGUGUCUGAUGAAUCAGGACUCAGUGAUGGAAGCACAACCAACUCUGAGCCAGAGGAAGGACAUGCAUCAGCCACCAGGAAGUACCGUGCAAGCAUUCACAGAAGUCCCAACAGUGAUGUUCCCAAGAGUACCGGCCAGCGAACUACGCUGCCUGCUCAAUGUCCGGACAACAGCCACGUAGGCCUCAUGGCUAUCCUUUACAAUAACAUAGGUAAAGACCUGGCUCGGGUGUCCAUGCCUGUUCCCCUCAAUGAGCCUGUUACCCUGCUGCAGAGGCUGUGUGAAGAGCUGGAGUACAGUGAGCUGCUGGAUACUGCCAACAACACAGCAGACCCCUACCAGAGGAUGGUUUACAUUGCUGCCUUUGCUAUCUCUGGUUACUCCACUGCGACGUUCAGAAACCGCUACAAGCCCUUUAACCCGGUGCUGGGGGAGACCUACGAGUGGGUCAGAGAGGACCGGGGCUUCAGCUACAUCAGUGAGCAGGUGUGCCACCAUCCCCCCAUCUCUGCCUGUCAUGCUCACUCAGAGAACUUUUCCUUUUGGCAAGACCAGCGAUGGAAAAAUAAAUUCUGGGGGAAGUCUCUGGAGAUUCUGCCAACAGGGAUGGUGAAUGUGACUCUGUCAAGGUAUGGAGACCACUAUGAGUGGAACAAAGUAGUGACCUGCAUCCACAACGUCCUCAGUCAGCAGCGCUAUCUGGAGCAUUACGGAGAAGUCACCAUCAGCAACCUCAAAAGCAACGUCUGCACCUGCAAGAUUACCUUUGUCAAGUCUCGUUAUUGGGGUUCAGAUACGAACAAGAAUGAGGUGCAGGGCACGGUGCUAGACCAAACUGGGAGCGUCAUUCACCGGUUUGGAGGUCUUUGGCAUGAAGGCAUCUUCUGCGACACUCUGCCAACUCCGAAAUGCGUCUGGAAGCCAAAUCCCCAGCCGAAGGAUCACCUGCUGUACUACGGCUUCUCCGCCUUCGCCAUGGAGCUGAAUGAACUCCCCCCAGAACUGACGCCUCUACUGCCUCUUACAGACAGCCGCCUGCGCCCAGACCAAAGGCUGCUGGAAGAAGGAAAACUGGAGGAAGCAGAAGCAAAAAAAGAUUUUAUAGAGGAAUAUCAGAGGGAGCGAAGAAAAGAGCUCGCCAAAAGGGGGGAAGAACAUAUUCCUCGUUUUUUCAAGAAAGCCAAAGACUCCUGUGGACAGGACGUGUGGCUGACAAACGGGUCAUACUGGAAGGUCAGAGAGAAUCCAGGUUUUGCUAAUGUUGACAACUUAACCAUCUGGUGAUGAGACGACAGAGACGAUCUUAAAUGCCAGAUAAAAGACAUGUGUGAGAGAUGUUGGACAUUUGGACAGCAUGUAUGAACUGCUCUGACAAACGUGUGGAGUGGAGAUAGUGCUGUUGGUCUCUCCAUGCUCCUUGGUGUCUUCCCAUGACCGGCUCAUGGGAACCCUCCAUCAGACAACCCAGAUAACCUGGCAUCAAGUACAGGUGAAAAAACAUAUAAAGACUUUUUCAUGGGGUUACAUUUUCUAAUGCAUUUUACUGUUAUAUUUGUUAGAUUACUCACACAUUUAUCUUUAUUUUUUGAGAAUUUUACGGUUUUAAGUAGGAUAGGCUGAAUGUGUGAUUACUUGAAACAAACGACUUGAAAUGGAUUUCUCUGUCAGGUUAGUAAUAAGCCUAUACGUAUUGUGUUAGCCUAUUCAAUUCAAACAUUGAAUCAAAUUAUGUCCUCUAAUGAUUAGUACACUAGUUUGAACUGUUUAUGUAAGGGGUACCUGUCUAAUAGCAUAUUUCCUAAAUCCAUACACCAGAUUUAUUUAAGAAUUGAUCAUGUGUUAAUGUUCAAGUUGCCAGCAAGUGUCCAAAAAAGGAACUUCUUGACAGAUAGUAAAUACCCAUCUUUUAGGCUAAUCAAGCCACAGCUACAGUAUAUUUACAACCUAUUGGUGUACCAGUGCUGACGUAAUGUAUUUGAAGUACUCCAAUUUGGUAAUAGUGACUUUCACAAUAAUGAAAACUGAGUAUGAUGCUAUUAAUGAUCAAAAUAGCCUGCUUAGAAGAGGUAAUGGUAAAACCUCUGGGCAUUGCUAAGAUCAUAUGAUGGUCAAAGUUUAAUUUAUUUAUUUGAAAAGCAAUAACAAACCUUCAUUGUAAUGUCAUUUAAAAGAGGAGAUACGAUAUUUAACUCUAUUUUUAUGUCAUUAUUAGUGAAUAAUAUCCAACUGGUUGGAAACAUGUAGAUAUUUAUACAGUAACAUCUUAACUGUGUUUUUAUUCUUCUGUGGUAUCAAUUUAUUAUAACUGUACUUGACUGCAGAUAAAUGUAUAUUGUAAGUCAGACAUUUGUUUGAAAAUGAUAUUAUGGCACAAAUUUAAUCUCACAUAAUUUACAAGGUUGUUUUUUGUUUGUUUAUUUGGUCAAAAGUUCUGCCUACGUGAAAUAAAAGGUUGAUCUAAACAGCCGAGAUUUGUCAUGUAUAAGCUUUAAUUUCAUGAAUAAAAAAACAUCAAUACAAUAAACAAUUAUGCCACCUUUUAAUAAAUAACAAUUUUCCCCUAUUCAAAAAUCUUCAUCU